AUGCCAACCAAUAUCACCGACAUCCCAAACACAAACCCAUUAUCUCCACUCGUUCAUUUGCAAUAUGUUCAGAGAUACUCUGGCUCCCAAUCAGCGAGUCCAGUUUAUGAGGGUUUUACCUUUUUCAAGGCUAUGCCCAAACAAAGUGCAACCUGGACUUGUGUGAAACGAACAGUCAUGAAUCUGAAUCAAGAUGAAUACAUCGAGAUGGUUCAGAAGAGGGCAGAUCGGAAGUCCCCAGUGCAGCAAUACCGGAACCUACCCUCUGAUACCUUGCGUGCUCAUAUAAAUCAACUGAUUGACGAGCAAAAGAACAAUAACCCACUUGCUGAGUGGAGCUGUGUCUACAUCAAAGAACACGCCAAGAUAUCCAAGGCCCGACACCCUCAUCGUAGUGACCAUGAAACAGUCUCCAUGGAUGUCAUCAUCAUGCGAACGCCCAUGAAGACCCAAGCUUUUUCCAGAACCUUGAUGGGUGGCUCAGUGGCCAUUGGGAAACCUCUUCCAUCGGGUACAAACAACCCACCCAUGUGGUCUCACCACAGAGACCAUCAUCUGAUGCCCAAUCAAAAUGGUAAUAUUUUGCGGCCUAUACUGCAUGAUUUGCCUUCCCAAUUGGCUCCAACAAUGAAUCAUUUUGCACGGUUGGUUUCAACCCGGGCUGCCCACGAGGAUCCAAAUGGCCAGCAGUUUGAAGCCACACAUCCACAUGAUGAGACAAGUCAUCCUGCAGGAUCUCGGAACCAGCUGCGUGAAUCUGCCCGGUCAACUGCAGCGGUCAACAAUCGGCCAGCAAGUCCAGCCUUCAGUGCCACAAACAGCAGCAACAUGAGUCUUGAGGAUAGUUCAGAUUGUUCAUCGGAAAGCAACAGCGACCCAGAUGAUGCAUCUAUGCUUUCUGACGCAUCCGACGACACAACCGCAACAGACGACCUGGAAAGCAUGGAAACUGAGACUGAGACUGAGUGCCAAGAGCCACAGCCAAAUCGGGCCUCCUUCCGAUCGUAUAAUGCCAGUCCUUAUCAUCGCGAGUCGAGUUAUGGGCCUCAUUCUCGUCGAAAGUCCCAGAGCCGUGGCCUUGAUAAUUAUGACCUCCGUGACCAGUUUGAGGUACCUCCUGUCAAGGUUCUUGGUCCUAGACGGGCUGAACGGGCCCGGUCACGCUCUGCGCCUGGUAAAAGAUUUCGAACACAGCUGACGAACGACAAUGAGUUCCGAAGCCGAAUGCUUGAUCGCCGUGAAGAAAGUCUUGGACAUCGGGAGAAAUGGCUGAAGAGAACAUUUUCUGGAGCGCGUCAUCUUGAGCGCCGUCAACCAGUAAGGGAUCCAUCAGCAGUGUGUCGCUGUACCUGUCGUUGCGCCAUCAAAGAGAAGAAGGAACCUAAGUGA